AUGUACCCCGCGUUGGAAUCCUUCCGGCUGGUUCGACUGCUCAACGAUACAGCUCACUAUGAGGCCCACCAGAACUUCAUCGUGUCCCUGCGAGCUCAACCGUGCGCCAACGUACACUCGGUGCUACCCGAAGAACGGUGCAUGUUCGUGUUGGAAACGGAAGAAUGUCGCGAAUCGAUGCACUACCUCGAUUACAUGCGUUUCAUGUACUGCUUUGUCGACAGCUCAAAUGUGGCGCUAUUCACGGUGGCCAUCAUCGGAUUGCUGCUUGCUGUUGCGAUGGUUAUGAUGUUUAUCUUGCAUUUGACUGUGGAUCGAUACGUUAACAGUAUCUUGUAUGUCGCGAAGUCAUUGCAUCUAAACGAGUACAUAGCCGGUGUGACACUGCUUACGUACGGAAAUGGUUUCCCACAAGUUCUAUCGCAUCUGAAGCAUCAUCAUACGGCAGACACCGAGUUGAUUUACAAUCAGUACAUGGCUCAGCGUGGCUAUCCGCGGUUAGCAUUUGCCGGUUCUCUCGGAGGCCCUAUAUUCAAUGUUCUGAUUGGUUUGGGUGUUGUGUUCAUCGUUCAAAUGGUACGAACCGGCUCGAUGACGAUUCUCGUCCGAGAUGGCAUGUCCGGACCCACGUGUGCGGUUUACUUGUUUGUGAUCGUUGCUGGGAUGCUACUAUCGUUGCUGUUUACUCGGUUCCUGGCACGUGCCAACCUAGCCCUUUAUUUAUUGGCAUCUUAUGCUGUCUUUCUGCUGUACAUAAUUCUGAGUGAGUUCGAGGUGCUGCACGGUUACGGAACCGAUCACAACGAUGACGGUGAAUACUUCCAUGAUCAGAUACCGGAUGGAUGA